ACGCGAGCCCGGGCGACCCGGGCUUCUGUGAAAGAUGGCGGUCGGCUGGGGCUGUAGCACAAGUCCUUAGCAUGACUAUAUGAAGGAAGAAGAGGAAGGUUUUCCUGAAGAUGAGGCGACUGAAUCGGAAAAAAACCUUAAAUUUGGUGAAAGAAUUGGAUGCCUUUCCAAAGGUUCCUGAUAGCUAUGUAGAGACUUCAGCCAGUGGGGGUACAGUUUCUCUGAUAGCUUUUACCACCAUGGCUUUAUUAACCAUUAUGGAAUUUUCAGUAUAUCAAGAUACAUGGAUGAAGUAUGAAUAUGAAGUAGACAAGGAUUUUUCUAGCAAAUUGAGAAUCAAUAUAGAUAUCACUGUCGCCAUGAAGUGUCAGUAUGUGGGAGCAGAUGUGUUGGAUUUAGCAGAAACAAUGGUUGCAUCUGCAGAUGGUCUAGUUUAUGAACCAGCAAUAUUUGAUCUUUCACCACAGCAAAAAGAAUGGCAGAGGAUGCUGCAGCUGAUUCAGAGUAGGCUCCAAGAAGAGCAUUCUCUUCAAGAUGUGAUAUUUAAAAGUGCUUUUAAAAGUGCGUCGACAGCUCUUCCACCAAGGGAGGAUGACUCAUCGCAGCCUCCAGAUGCAUGCAGAAUUCAUGGUCACCUGUAUGUCAAUAAAGUAGCAGGGAAUUUUCACAUUACUGUGGGCAAGGCAAUUCCCCAUCCCCGAGGUCAUGCACAUCUGGCAGCACUUGUCAACCAUGAUUCUUACAACUUUUCUCACAGAAUAGAUCAUUUGUCUUUUGGAGAGCUUGUUCCAGGAAUUAUUAAUCCUUUAGAUGGAACUGAAAAAAUUGCUGUUGAUCACAACCAGAUGUUUCAAUAUUUUAUUACAGUUGUGCCAACAAAACUACAUACAUAUAAAAUUUCAGCAGAUACCCAUCAGUUUUCUGUGACAGAAAGGGAGCGUAUCAUUAACCAUGCUGCAGGCAGUCAUGGAGUCUCUGGGAUAUUUAUGAAAUAUGAUCUCAGUUCUCUUAUGGUGACAGUUACUGAAGAGCAUAUGCCAUUCUGGCAGUUCUUUGUAAGACUCUGUGGUAUUGUUGGAGGAAUCUUUUCAACAACAGGCAUGUUACAUGGAAUUGGAAAAUUUAUAGUUGAAAUAAUUUGCUGUCGUUUCAGACUUGGAUCCUACAAACCUGUUAAUUCUAUUCCGUUUGAGGAUGGCCACACAGACAACCACUUACCUCUUUUAGAAAACAAUACACAUUAGCACCUCCCAAGAGAAGGAGAAAAAACUUUUUUGCCUGAGACAAAAACCUUUUUUUAAUAAUAAAAUGUUGUGCAAUAUACUCAGAGAAAGGAAAAUACGAAUGAAAAGCAGGAAACACAUCUAUUAAAAAAAGAGAAAGAAAAAAAAAUCCCAAACUGAAACCUAUGUAUGUUGUGUCUGUUACAUAUGUCCUUGAAGAUAUUAUGCAGCUAUUCAGUGAUUAAGCCCAACCAGAGUAUUGCUUCGAAGAUGACUCCUUCUGAUACUUUUCACAGCACAGGGGCGGUAUGGAAAUCAAACCUUGCUUCUUAAUGACAAAGAGCCUAAAGGAAAGAAGUCAAACCACAUCUAAAGAAAAAGGCAUUGAUAAGUGUAAAUGUUUGCGUCCUUUUGUUUUUAAAAAAUAUGAUGUCAGAAUAAAACAUGUAAAACAUAUGGAAAACUAGUCUAAAGUUUAAAAAGUUGUGAUCAGGUCACAUUGUUAAUAAAACAGGGACAAGUCCCUAUGUUACAGCCAUAUUAAUGUUCAGCCAUAUCGACAAGACCAUUUAUCCAGUUGUGUGGUCUUAUGAAGGUAACUGCUUUUCUUGAAACUUUGGUUAUUGACUUUUCUAACUGUUCAAGACAGGGUCUUAGAACACUAAGGUGAAUUUUCACAGGGGCAAGUAUAUAAAUGCUAUGAUAUGUAACAGGCAUCAUUGACAAAUUUUAAGUGGGGCCUUACAUGGGGAGAAGAAAGCACAUUUUUUUUUUUGAACCUGAUCUGAUCAUUAUACUAUUAGUAUAAUUUGUUGGUGAUGGUGUUAAAAAGAUCUACUUCUAUGAUGGAAAUUAUCCAUUUAUGAAACAUUAGAGGAAAAGGGGGCAUACGUUGAAUACGUUAUGGUGAGGGGGAGCAGGUUAACUUUAAAUAAAAUAGAAGAGUGAGGCAUACAUUUAAGAAGGACAGCAUAAUGUCAGACCUGAGAGGUAUCAUCUUAAUCAGUGUCCAUGAAGCUGUAAAAUUGGAUUAUGAAAGAAGUAUCUGCAUUCAGGGUGUCCUGAAUGUGAUUGGUUCUGUAUUAGAGUGUGUUUUUUAGCUUUCUUACCAUCUAAGGGUUAAUUUUAAAUUUCUAGACUAUAAAAGACUAAAAAUAAUGAGAGGGCACUGUCACUCAGGUGCCAUUAAAAACUAUAUUUGUUUUAUGUGUGCCAACAUCAUUUUUCUUUUUGUAAUACUCAAUGACAGUAGAAGAAUCAGCAACUCAUGCCCAUAGUUUAAAUCAUUAAGGGAAAUGGAGAAACAGAAUUCCAGGUAAGUAAUAAGACCAAGACUAUAAGACUAGAUUUUAAAUGGUAGUUUUUAGAGACUGGGAUGACAUGUUAUACUUUUCAAAUGGAUUUUCUGUAAAGAUAAAAGAUGCCUCCUUACAAGCAGUUGGGACAGACAAUGUAUUGGAGGAAGGGGAUAUACUGACAAAACUGCUUUAUAGAUUUUAUACUGAAUGGUAUUUUGCAGAAAAUAACAAUCAUCAUUUAACAUAUAGUUUGCCAUUCAGAGCCAUGAAAGUUAACUGUUGCUGUAGGUCGUGUAACAUAUCUUGAAAGGUUUUGUAAUCCAAAAAUUUCCAGAUAAUGAAUGAGCCUUCUCUGGGUUUUGUCCCCCCACCCUCUUUUCUUUUCUUCAGGUAUUAUUUCCAAUGAAGUGGGAUUAGGAACUAAUAGAACAGCUCUCAAAAGGAAUUUUAAUUGGAGAGAAUUCGAAUUUUUGCUAAUUUAGAUUGAACAGUGGUUCUCUGAAUCUGCUUCUCAGAAAAUUCAGUCAAGUUCCAGGUUUUUUUGUUUUUUUUUUUAAUAUGGGAUGAAAAUAGUGUUGAUUUAGGACUAUUAUCUUUCAAUUAGGAUUAUAAUAAAGUACCUUUAACUGUUUUAUUUAACAAAAUCUUAAAAUUUAUUUUGAUUCUUACGUAUGAUAUUGUUCCCAUGUUUUCAAAAUACCAUAUUAAAAUGUUAAUGGAAUUAAUCUUGCCAGUAAAAUUGGCUAUAAAAUUUAUCUCUUUAAAGCAAAAUCCUUUUUUUUUGCCAUUGAUUCCCAUUUUAAAAGUUUUGAAAAGUUUCCAUCUAUAAUUCCUCAAAUAGUCAGGGUCAGAUUUUUGCCAGUGAAAAUAUUAAGAUUUUGGCCAGCCUUUUGAGUGAUGAAAUAUACCUGCAUAUUAGGAUCUAUUGAGAAUUUUGGACUUUAUCAAGUCUUUCUUUUCCUUUUUAGAAAGCACUUUACUCACCUAUCUAUUAGGCAUUUUUUCCUAUGCCUGGAAGUACCUUUAGCCAUAAUACCCAACUUUAUUACUCAGCUCUUCCUUAACCUUUUUAGUAUAUUCCUUAUAUUUGUAUGUAUAUAUUCUGGCUUAAUAUUUUAAAAAUCCAAGACUUCAAAUUACAUGAAAAUUUUUUUUUUACUGCCUUUGCAUACACUGAUCCAUAAAAAAAUUAAAUAUUUAGGUGAAUAAUUCACUGCUGCAGUACUUGUACACUUGGGAUUACCUCUUGGGAAAAGCUUAACUCCAAAUAUUAAAAUUACAAAAUUUAGUUCUGAACCUAGAUGAUUAGUAUCAUUCUUAUAUACAUUUUUUUGAUAGAAAACACUGAAUUUUUACCUCAAAUUUACUAAUGCAAAGAAAGUUUGCAAUCUUUAAUACAAACUUUGGAAUUCAGAAAGCAAUGACUAAUAUCUUGUAAAUUUUUAUGGUAUAAAUAGAGAUAUAUUAGCAUUCUAUCUUUUUAUAUCUUGGGUUAGUAAUUCAAGUACCAAAACUUUAUAUGCAACUCCUCUGCUUUAAAAUUCAGCUUACACUUGAGUUCUAGGUGCAUAUUUUUGGUUGUUUAAAAAUCACUUAAACCUGAGCCCUAGGGCCUUUUAAAAUCUCAGCAUGCUCUUUAACUUAGUACUUAAGUUCUUCCUCUUCUGUUUUUAACUCUAGAAAACCUUCACCAAACCAACCUGAGUCACCCUUUUCCAGCACUGUCAAAAUACAGAGAACCGUUUAUUCACUAGUUUAUAUUAUAAUUCCUGGAUCAAUACCUUGGUAUUCCCUUGUUGUGGUAUCAUCAAAAUAUAAGUUUUUUCCCCCCUUUUGAAAUAUUUUUUCAGUGAUGAAAUCACCUUACGUCAUUUUAAAAAUAGAAAAACAAA